UAAGCUGAGCAAAAUCGGUGUAGUGCAGUAGUUUCGUGGUUUGUGGUAAACCAACUGAGUGAUAACCGGUGCUUAAUUAGAGUAAUGCCUUCGUUGGACUGUGAUUGUGAAAUCAGCUGAGAGUGAGCACAACAGGCAGCGGAAGCGGAAUAAGUAUUUUGGAGAACAGUUAUAGGAAAAGAUCGGUGACAUCCCCAAUGAUGAUUCGUUCAGUUCAUACUAGAGACAUCAGAUUUCCAACAUCCCUAGAGGCACAUGGCUCUGACGCUAUGCAUAAGGAUCCAGAUUAUUCCUGCGCAUAUGUUGUAAUAUAUACUGACAAGGAUACAGAAGGUCAUGGACUGGCCUUCACAUUAGGAAGGGGUACUGAGAUAGUGGUGGCAGCAGUUAAAGCUCUCAGUCCGCUGCUGGUGGGACAAUUCGUCACCAAUAUUUUCUCAGACUUUGGUGGAUUUUGGCGAAAACUCACCAGUGAGUCACAAUUGCGAUGGAUAGGGCCAGAGAAAGGUGUGAUACACCUGGCAACAGCAGCCAUAAUCAACGCUCUGUGGGACCUGUGGGCUCGUAUGGAGAAUAAACCUCUCUGGAAGUUACUAGUGGACCUGGAUCCUGAGGAUCUCGUCUCUGUUAUUGACUUCAGAUACAUAUCAGAUGUGCUGACUAAACAAGAGGCUAUUGACAUCUUGUACAAGGCACAGGAAGGCAAGGGUCAUAGAGAAGAACAAGUCAAGCUGGAAGGCUACCCAGCAUAUACGACUCAGGCAGGGUGGUUAGGCUACUCAUCAGACAGGGUCAGAUCACUAGUGGGGCAGUACAUCGCUUUAGGGUUCACCGCCUUCAAGAUCAAGGUGGGCGAGAAUGUGCAGGAUGAUAUUAAGCGUUGCAAGCUGGUGCGGGAAAUCAUCGGCUGGGAUCGGAAACUGAUGGUUGAUGCCAAUCAGCGCUGGGAUGUGGAUCAGGCUAUUGACUGGAUGAAGCAGCUUGCAGAGUUCAAGCCAUUGUGGAUAGAAGAGCCAACUUCUCCUGAUGACAUUUUGGGUCAUGCGCAAAUAUCUAAGGCUCUUGCUCCAUUGGGUAUUGGUGUGGCGACGGGUGAGAUGAUCUGUAACAGAGUUAUGUUCAAACAGUUCCUACAGGCUGGAGCCAUGCAAUACUGCCAGAUAGAUGCCUGCAGGGUGGGUGGGGUCAAUGAGCUGCUGGCGAUUUACCUCAUGGCUCACAAGUUUAAAGUGCCAGUAUGUCCACAUGCGGGAGGAGUAGGACUGUGCGAGAUGGUACAACAUCUCCAGAUAUUUGACUUCAUCUCCCUGUCGGGUACAAUGGAACAUCGAAUGAUUGAGUAUGUCGAUCAACAACAUGACCAGUUUGAGGACCCUGUCAAGGUGAAGCAAGCUCGCUAUCUACUACCCAAGACUAUCGGGUUCAGCACGCACCUGAAGUACUCGGCCACCGAAGAGUUCGAGUACCCGUACGGAGCCAGGUGGCAGGAGCUAUUCAAGGAGGGCAUCUACAAGAAACCCUGAAAUACAUUGAAACUAAAAUUAUAAAAUAAAUCUUAUUUUUAUGUUAA